AUGUGGAGCACCCCACGCCUGCUAGUCCUGAUCACUGGCAGCAAGGUCCCCAUGUUGUCUGGGGACCCUGCAGUGAGCAAAGGUGCCAGGUGCGAGAGCACAGAGGAAUAUGAUUACGAUUACCUCAGCAUCAAUAAAACCUGGGUCCUCACCCCCAAGGCACAGGAGACUGAUGCCACGCAGAUCCUCAACUCGCUGUUGAAGAACUAUGACAACAAGCUGAGGCCUGACAUUGGCAUCAAGCCCACGUUUAUCGAUGUGGAUAUUUACGUGAACAGCAUCGGGCCGGUGUCUGUCAUCCAGAUGGAAUACACCAUUGAUAUCUUCUUUGCUCAGACGUGGUAUGACCGGCGUCUUCGUUUCAACAGCACUUUGAAGGCCCUUACGCUGAACACCAACAUGGUGAGCCGCAUCUGGAUCCCAGAUACCUUUUUUAGGAACUCCAAGCGGGCUGAUUCCCACUGGAUAACCACUCCUAAUCAGCUCCUCCGCAUCUGGAAUGACGGAAAAGUGCUCUACACGCUCAGGCUGACGAUCGAAGCUGAAUGUCUGCUCCAGCUGCAGAAUUUCCCAAUGGACACUCACUCCUGCCCAUUGGUUUUUUCCAGUUAUGGCUACCCACGUGAGGAGAUUGUCUAUCGCUGGAGGCGCUACUCCAUUGAGGUCUCUGACCAGCGCACCUGGAGGCUCUACCAGUUUGACUUCACAGGGCUGAGGAACACCUCGGAAGUUCUCAGGACCGGGGCAGGGGAGUACAUGGUGAUGACAGUUUCUUUUGACCUAAGUAGACGUAUGGGUUACUUUGCCAUUCAGACCUACAUUCCCUGCAUCCUGACUGUUGUUCUUUCCUGGGUUUCCUUCUGGAUCAAGAGAGACUCUACGCCAGCCAGGACAUCUCUGG